AUGGAGUCCCCGCACGAAGACGAGAAGGUCGACACCGACGUCGAGAAUCAACGGCAUCAAGAACCGGUGGAAGAGAAGAAGUCGGUAUAUGCGGGCCUUGGUUGGCUGGAUCGACUGCUCGUCCUCUGGAUCUUGCUGGCAAUCGUCAUCGGCAUUCUGCUUGGUAAUUUGGUUGACAGCAUCGGUCCAGCUCUCCAGAAAGGCAAAUUCGUCGACGUUUCUGUCCCGAUAGCUGUCGGGUUGUUGGUGAUGAUGUACCCGAUCCUCUGUAAGGUCCAAUACGAGACCUUGCAUCGCGUUUUUGCCCAUCGCCAGAUUUGGAUCCAACUGGGUUUCAGCAUCGUAGCUAACUGGAUCAUCGCGCCAUUUGUUAUGCUGGGAUUGGCUUGGGCCUUCCUGCCCGAUAAACCUGGACUUCGAAAUGGUCUUAUAUUCGUGGGACUGGCACGCUGUAUUGCUAUGGUCCUCAUCUGGACUGGUCUUGCUGGGGGUGACGAGGAGUACUGUGCAAUUCUUGUGGCUCUCAAUUCAAUCCUCCAGAUGGUCCUCUACGCGCCCCUGGCUAUCCUUUUCGUCAACGUCAUAAGCCACGGCGGAGGAGGCUCUGAGGUAGCAUACUCCAUAGUCGCCAGGAGCGUCGGAGUCUUUCUUGGAAUACCUCUCGGAGCCGCCAUCACGACCCGCAUGAUUCUCAGGACCAUCAACGCCAAGUGGUACGACCAGACAUUCCUCAAGUGGAUCGCUCCAUGGUCACUAGUGGGGCUUCUUUACACGAUUCUCGUUCUGUUCGCCUCUCAGGGAAAGCAAGUUGUCCACCAAAUUGUCUCUGUCGUCCGAGUUGCUGCUCCUCUCAUUGUAUACUUUGUGGUCAUUUUCUUUCUGACUCUGUUCAUCACAAAGCGAUUCGGAUUCGGAUACAAACUUGCAGCAACUCAGAGCUUUACCGCGGCCAGCAACAAUUUCGAGCUGGCUAUUGCCGUUGCGGUCGCCACUUUUGGUGCGGACAGCGAUGAGGCACUGGCUACGACCGUCGGGCCGCUAAUUGAGGUGCCUGUUUUGAUUUCGCUUGUCUAUGUUGUGAGGUGGAUUGCUGUCCGUUGGAACUGGAAAGACUAG